AUGAUGAAUGCAGUGUCGAAGAACAGUGGAUGUAUGUUUUUCCUGUACGGCCAUGGGGGCACCGGAAAGACAUUUAUUUGUAAUGCACUUUCCGUCGUUGUUCGUUCUGAGAAGGUCAUUGUCAUUAAUUCUGCCUCGAGCGGUAUUGUUUCAUUGCUCAUUCAGGGUGGUAGAAUAGCACAUUCUAGAUUUGGACUCUCGAUAAUUGUGCAUGGGAGCUCCACUUUCAGCAUCAAACAACAAAGUCCUCAAGCAGAGCUGUUGAUUGAAGCAAAACUUAUUAUCUUGGAUAAGACUCCGAUGAUGCAUCGACAGAUAUUACCUAUUGGGCUUAAAGCAUCGUGGCAAGACAUCGUACAUGCUACGAUCAAUUCAUCACCAUUGUGGAGAGAAUGUCUUGUCAUGAAGUUGCACAAGAACAUGAGGCUUCAGUCAGACGCAACUUCGUCUAAUGAAGAUGAAAUAAGAGAAUUUGACGAAUGGAUUCUGAGAAUUGAAAACGGAGAAGCUGAGAUUACAAGGAUGGAUUUCUUUCAUCGGAGGGCCAUUCAGAGGCCUACAAACGAGAGUGUUAUAUAUUUGAAUGAUUAUCUGUCGUCGCUAAUUGAAGAAGAGGAAAAUGUUUACCUGAGCUUUGACAGUCUAUGCGGGGACAAAGCCGGUUCGGAGAUUAAUGCAGAAAUUUACUCGACCGAGUUUCUCAAUACAAUUUCGUGCUCUGGUCUUCCCCCGCAUGAGCUGAAAUUAAAGAAAGGUGUUCAUGUCAUUCUCGUUAGGAAUAUCGAUCAAGCGUGA